UGAGGGGCAUGGGGACAGUGGUAAGAACUGGGUCCAAGGUCCUGGGCUGGGUGGCCUGUCUGCUCCUGGCAUUCCCUGCUACAGCCACUGGGACUGAGGUCACUCAGCCUGAAGUGGACACCUCCCUGGGCCGUGUGCGAGGCCGGCAGGUGGGCGUGAAGGGCACAGACCGCCUUGUGAAUGUCUUCCUGGGCAUCCCAUUCGCCGAGGCACCUGUGGGGCCUGGCCGAUUCUCAGCCCCGCGCCCAGCGCAGUCCUGGGAGGGUGUGCGGGAUGCCAGCACGGCCCCUGCCAUGUGCCUGCAGGAUCUGGAGAGAAUGGACAACAGCAGAUUUGUGUUGAAUGGAAAGCUCCAGCACUUCCCUCUUUCAGAGGACUGCCUGAUCCUCAACAUCUACAGCCCAGCUGAGGCCACUGCGGGGGCCAGGCGGCCGGUUAUGGUAUGGAUCCAUGGGGGCACUCUGGUGAGCGGUGCUGCCACCUCUCAAGACGGGUCCGCCCUGGCUGCCUAUGGAGAUGUGGUCGUGGUCAUGAUCCAGUACCGCCUGGGGCUCCUUGGCUUCCUCAGCACUGGAGAUGAGCACGCACCUGGCAACUGGGGCUUCCUAGAUGUGGUGGCUGCUCUGCACUGGGUGCAGGGGAACAUCUCCCCCUUUGGAGGUGACUUCAACUCUGUCACCAUCUUUGGCAAUUCUGCCGGUGCCAGCAUCGUCUCUGCCCUGGUCCUGUCCCCGCUGGCUGCAGGGCUAUUCCACAGAGCCAUAGCACAGAGCGGAGUCAUCACCAUUCCCGGGUUACAGGCUUCUGACCCAAGGCUCCUGGCUCAGAGCUUUGUGGACUCCGUGGGCUGCAGCUCUACCUCCUCGGCUGAGAUGUUGCAGUGCCUUCGGGAGAAGCCAAACAAGGAGCAGAUCCUUAACAUGAAGUUGAACACUACAGCUACCUACACCAUCGAUGGCGCUUUCUUUCCCAAGAGCCCCAGGGAGCUCUUGAGGGAGAGGAAGUUCCACCCGGUGCCCUUCCUCCUGGGUGUCAACAAUCAUGAGUUUGGCUGGCUCAUCCCCAGGGGCUUGGGUCUCCUGGAUAAGAUGAAUCAGAUGAGCCUGGAGGAUAUGCUGGCAAUAGUGAGACCCUUCUUGACCAUUCUGGAUGUGCCCCCCGAGGUGAUGCCCACCAUCACAGAUGAAUACCUAGGCAGCAGUUUCAACGCAGAAGCCAUACGCAACGCCUUCCAGGAAAUUAUGGGUGACAUCAUCAUUAUCUUUCCUGUCUUGAAUUUCUUAAGAAGCCUCCGAGAUUCUGGAGCCCCUGUCUUUUUCUAUGAGUUCCAGCAUCGACCCAGUUCUUUUGUGAAGAUCAAGCCAGACUGGGUGAGGGCUGACCAUGGGGCUGAGAUUGCCUUCGUAUUCGGGGGUCCUUUCCUCACGGAUGAGAGCUCCCUGCUGGCCUUUCCAGAAGCUACAGAAGAGGAAAAGCAGCUGAGCCUCACCAUGAUGGCCCAGUGGGCCCAGUUUGCCCGGACAGGGAGCCCCAAUGAUGAACAGCUGCCUCCUUGGCCUCCAUUCAACCAGUUGGAGCAAUACCUGGAAAUCACCCCGACACUACAAGUUGGCCAGAAGCUAAGAGAAGCGCGAAUGCAGUUCUGGGCAGAGAUACUUUCUGCCAAUUUCCAGCAGCGGCAGCAGCAGAAGAAGAACAGGAAGGCCCAGGAGGAUCUCUGAGGCAGAGAGUGGGCCUUCUUGGCUGGGAGCUAACCCUAGGGGUGGCAGAGUCCCAGCAAAGCAGCUUCUUUCACCCCUUGCUAAGAAAAUUUAACUCAAACCAAGCUGAUGUAUCAAUAUGUCCCUUAAGGAAUCAGCCCCUCCGUGACUGGCAUUGUGCUCUGUUGAAAUGUCACCUGCUUCCCACCUUAGGGGCCUCUGUACAAACUCCUCCCUCUUCUUUCCCCCUUGCUUCAUAGCACAUUCUAGCUCUUUCCUCAAUCUCCCUCCUCCAAGAACCCUUCUCUAGGCCCGAGUCUAUGUCCAUUACAACAUAGUCCACUCCAGGCUAACACUGUCUGUAUCUCUGUCUUUACCCUCUCUGAGAGUAGAAAUCAGCUUGACCCCACUCUGAGUCUUCCACACAAGGAUCAGGAGGACCUGGAGUCAGGGAUGUUUGAAGAGCAAGUAAAAGACUGAGAGAGUAUGUGAAUGGUGGCUGCUGGAUGUGAACCCAGGCUCUUCAGCCAUCAAAACUAUGCUCAGUCCUACACAGAUGUCCUCCUUGGCCAGAAGAGUGAAUGGACUCCAAAGGCAGUCCUGGGGUAGGAGGAAAUCCUGAGACCUCAAAAGAUCUAGCCCAGAAUGGAUCUUAGCCCCCAAAGGCCUCUAACUCAGGCUAAAAAGAGAUCCUUUUCUCUGUGCCGCCCACACUUGUGCCCUGUUCCCCUGAACAAGACAGAGCAGAAUCCAGCAGGGCCAAAGCCCUGACUCUUAGCCUCUGAGGUGUCAGCUUCCCAGCCCUAGCGCUUCAAUCCUUUAUGCCCUGGCUAGGCUCCUCCCUGCCCUCCCAGCUUGGGGAGACCAACUUCUGUGGGAGCUCAGCACAGCCUCCACAGCACCUAACCAGGACAUGGCAGAAGAGAUUGGGGGAGGGUGUCUGGACUAGUGCAUCAGUCAGGCUGUUGUCACAGAGAAAAGAAGAGGACUACCCACACAGGCUACAGCAGGUGAAGAGAGUACAGAGGAUUUGGGCAGGGGCAAACCUUUCUUUUUUGAGGAUCAAUGCACCACUCCCUUGGAGCAUCUGUAUUUUAAUACUUAUCACAUGGACUCUCCCUGCCCCCACUAUCUUAUCCUACAGGUCUAACCCCACCUACACCCUUCCUCCAUCACACUCAGUUCCUGGCCGCCGAGGGUUACAUGAAAAACACUUGCAAUUGGGACCAGUGCUGUACCGGAAAGUCCAUUUUGGGCAGGGUGGAGACAUAAAGCCAGAAGGACACUGAGUGAUGCCACUCCCCUGCUCAAGAGCUCCCUGUGAUUCUCUGUCACCCUUAGGGCAAGUCUAAGUUCUUCACAUGGCAUUGAAAGCCUUCUGUUGUCGCCCCCCUCUCCACCAGGGAAGUGCGUCCCCACACGCCAGUAGAGAGCCUGACAAGUAUAUGAGCCCCAAUCACAGUGUGUCACUAGGGACACAGAGGGCCGUAGGGGUACAGAGACAUAGGCCAGCCCUGACAUGUGUGCACUCUCGCUCUGAGCUAUCAAAAUAAAUAAAUAAACCUUAAAAAAGUAAA